AGUAGUUUCAAUCGAAACAGUCAUCAUGCGUAUCUUCUUUCUAAUCGCGACAAUUUUUGUCGCGGCUGUCCUAGCUACCGACGAAGAAGUUCUUCCUCCCUUGAAGGGGAUGCAGGCGCUCUCUAUUUCCUACGAGACAGCCGAACAACUUUCGUUGCUGAAAAAUUAUCUGGACACACCUGGAUUCGAUUUUCUAAGAAGCACUCAUGAGCUCGUGGACGUUUUCGUGACGGCGGACAAAAUCGAAGAGUUCAAAAAUUUCCUUAAGCAACAUCGUAUGAAUUAUACGGUUCUGAUCGACGAUGUUCAACGACUGGUCAUGCAAGAAUACAUUGCGCAAGGAAUGGAGCGUAAAUUAAAGGCACUAACUAAGAACUACGCUGCUUCUGGGAAUUUAUCCUUUACUUACUAUCCUAACUAUAAAGAAGUAAACGAAUAUCUAAACUAUCUAACGAACACUUACGGCGAUGUAGCCUCCUUAAUUACCAUAGGUAAUUCUUACGAAGGGCGAUCGAUGAAAGUUUUAAAGUUGUCGACGGGUGGGCAGAAUAAACCGGCUAUUUUUAUUGAUGGCGGAAUUCAUGCUAGGGAAUGGAUCGCUCCAGCAACAGUUCUUUACAUGGUAGAUCUACUAUUAACAAGUCACAAAAAUCUUUUGACGAAUAUCGACUGGUACGUUCUACCAGUUUUGAAUCCGGAUGGCUACGAAUUUACGCACAGUAAAUCCUCGAACCGAUUGUGGAGAAAAACAAGAUCAAACACGGGAGUGACUUGCAAGGGUGUCGAUGGGAACCGAAAUUACGACAUGGAAUGGAUGGGAAGUGGUGCAUCCAGCAACCCAUGUAGCGAUACUUACGCCGGGCCUAGACCAUUCUCCGAGCCGGAAAAUCAACACUUGAGAGAUUUUAUUUUGGCACGAAAAGGACAGAUCAAGGCCUACCUUACGUUCCAUUCCUACGGCCAGUACAUCUUAUACCCUUGGGGCUGGACGCAUAAGGUACCUUCUAACGAACUAGAACUGCGUAACCUUGCCAUCCAGUGUGCAACAGCUAUCGCCAAAUCUCGUAAAACUCAAUACACUUAUGGAACUUCUGCCAAUCUUCUGUAUCCAGCUGCUGGAGGCAGCGAUGAUUGGGCUAUGGGCAAAGCAGGUAUCAGCUUGUCGUACACUUACGAAUUACCUGGUGGAAAUUAUGGAUUCCUGUUGCCAGCAUCAGAAAUCAAACCUGUUGGUAUCGAGACAUUCGAGGCUAUCAAAGUGAUUCAUCAAUAUGUCACGGAGAAAUACGUUUUGCAUUAGCAAACGCAUAAUACCGUGGAUCAUCACGCUUGUUGUAUACAAUACAAAGUAUUCUUUGCUCUGUUGCAUCAACUCUCUAUAGGGAAAACAACUGAGAACCUCGAAAUAAAUUAAACCAAAUAAAUUAAA